UCGAUUGCCUGGCUCCGUUCCGUUCCGUUAAGUAGUACCUGACGAAAUUCCUACGAUCUGUCUUUCUCUUCCUCAUUCCUCGCCUCCUCCCGUUGUGCAGCAGAGGCAUGGCGAUGUUAGUCGUCAUGGAUGCUGCAGCAGGGAGUUCCUCCGUCCCACCAUCUCCCACGCUUCAUGAUCAACACGAUGAGGGGCUCGCCCUCGCUAUUCUUGCCGACCAACAGCCUAUGGCGGUCGACGAAUGCGAUGAUCCAGAGAGCGAGGUCGACUAUGUACCUCUAAGAGAAGAGGGGCUCGCGCUCGCUACUAUUGCUGGCCAACAGCCUAUGGCGGUUGAUGAAUGCGAUGAUCCGGAGAGCGAGGUCCACUUUGUACCUCUUAGAGUCGUGAGGCCGGAGGAUGAGCAGCAAAAGCGUCCCGGCGGGCGGGUUAAAGUAUGUGCACAUAAACCUAAAAUGCAGAAAAAGAAGAGAAAUAGGCCUGCACGCACCAAGUCUGCUAAGAGUAAUAUGUGGCGUAAACCGGAGUUUGUUUACUGUGACAACAUCAACAUUAAUACGUGGCCGGCAGAUUCCAUACCCGACGACGGUGACAAGGAUGAUAAUUUUGCGCCAACGGGGAAGAGAGGGAGGCCGGCACGCGCCAAGUCUGCAAAGACAAAGACGUGGCGAAAACUAGGGUUUGUUUACAGCGACAACUACAGCAUUAGCAGCAGUGAGAGCGAGAGCGAGAGCGAGGGAAACAACAAUGAUGAUUAUGAUCCGACGGCACCUGAUGCUGAUGGCCACCCAAAGAAAUGUGCAAGAUCUCGAGGGAGGUCGGCACGCGCCAAGUCUGCUAAGAGCAAGAUGUGGCGUAACCCGGAGUUUGUUUGCGGCGACAACAUCAACAUUAGUAGCAGUAGUGAGACCGAGAUUGAAAGAAACAAUGAUGAUGAUUAUGACCCGACGACACCUGAUGCUGAUGGCCACCGAAACAAAUAUGAAAGCUUCCAAGAUAUGCGAGGCUCUGCUUUUGAAAGAGCUUUGGAGGUAAAUAAGAAAUUGCCAAGAACAGAAGCAAGCUUCGUCAGGCGUAUGCUACCGUCACAUGUUGACAGGGUUUUUUGGAUGGGUCUCCCGCGUAGCUUUUGCAGACAGCAUCUUCCAAAGAAAGAUACUGUAAUGACUUUAGAAGACGAGGAAGGACGCAGCUACCCUGCAAACUACCUUGUCGCAAGAGAUGGUCUUAGUGGUGGUUGGAAACACUUUGCGGAAGAACAUAGACUCAAGGUCGACGGCGCACUGGUCUUUCGACUCGUGGGCUCGAAAAAAUUCAAGGUGUAUAUAGUAAGAGAGGGUGAGUUGAGAACAACAGAUUAUGAUGUCAGGUUUAAGGAAGAGGAUGCGGAGGUUACAACCAGCACAACAACCUGUGAUGAUAUCAACAACCUGGCAGCCAGCGAAAAAGACAAUGUCGACGUCAUGAUAUCUCCAGACGAUUCAGAGCCAGAGGGCGGUGUCGACGGCAUGGAGAGCUUCAGCAGCUUCAACAUACUCGUUAACAGUGUGCUGGACACCAACCGUGAAUUGUUCUCGGACCACCUGCGCGCGACGUACUACAAGCUCUGUCUUGCCCAGAAGGCGUGCCUCCACCGGAACCUGCUGCUUGAGGAGGUAAACCCCAAGCUGGCUAUCGGAGCCAUGGUGCAGACCGCUAGCAUCGCCGAGGGUGUCAGGGCCUCCUCGCCUGCUUCUCGUGAGGACCUUGCGGCGUGGAAGAAGAAUUUGCAAGCGCUGGAGGUCCUAGGCAUGGACGUGGCAUUCCUGCGCGAGCGCGUUGACGGCCUCCUCACACCUUCACACGCCAUCUGAUGGCGCCAGACGCACCGCCAGGAUGAGCGCCCUUGAGUCGAAGAUGCCCCCAACCGAAGCGAUGAAUGAGGCGGUGGAGGAGAUAGAGUCCAGUGAGCAGGCUAUGUGGCCAUGCAUAACAUGUCAAGUUGCUGCUCUCUUAAGUCUGGAUGUCAUUUCAGUGAAUCUGAACUCUAUAUAUUCAACUGCGUAUAUGUUGAGGUUUCUUGUGUCCUCCAUUUGAGUCUUCAGUUUAUCCUCUCUGAAACCAGCUUUCUGAAAUCCCGCAAAUCGAUGGAUGUUGAUCUUCUCUAACAUGUGUGGCAAAUAGGAGCUUUUAACAUCAGAUUGCUUUAGAUGUAAACUUUCUUCGCAUUUCAACUUAUUUGAGCUCAUUUGAAUCAACUUGCUCAUUCAGAGAUCUCUCAAAUACACUAAGGAUGUCCACUUUC